AUGAGCCAGUACCCGCCGCGGAAUCCGGGCCCCGGUCGCGCCUCGUACGGAAUGAUGCCCAACCAGUAUCAGCCGACCCAGCAGGGCUAUCCCACCUCUCCCUCGAUGAUGCCGCAGACGUCUGUCGCGGCCUCGCACCCCCAGCCGAUCGCGCCGGCCCCCGCGGUGGCGCGCCCUCCGGUCCUGCGGCCGAUGCCUGCCGGCGGCGUCAUGCCGCAGACGGGCCUGCCCUCUCCGUACGGCGGGAGCCCGAUGAUGCCUCAUCAGCAGUCUCUUCUGCAGGACAACGAGCAGCCGACCCACGUGGUCGGGUCCCAGGGACGGCGCGGCAUCCUUCCCAGCGCUCCGGGAAGGCCCGCGGCCCCCACGGGCAGCGGUGCAUCGAAGAACACGGUCAUCCCGCAGAAGGAUGCAGACGGGAAAUUCCCCUGUCCCCACUGCACCAAGACCUAUCUCCACGCGAAGCACCUAAAACGCCACCUUCUCCGCCACACGGGCGACCGUCCAUACAUGUGCGUGUUGUGCCGCGAUACGUUUUCGCGAAGUGACAUCCUCAAGCGUCACUUUCAAAAAUGCUCCAUUCGACGAGGAAACCCCACCGGGGUGAGCCAUCUGUCUCAUCCCCAAGCACACGUUAAGAAGCAGCAGCAGAAUGCUCAGAAGGCUAACGAGGGUGACAUGGGUCAUAUGAACGGCAUGGCUAACAUGCCAGGUGAUAAUGUCGUCCACCCCUUCGGUAUGGUCCAGAUCCAAGAUGGUAUGGGAAACAUGGCCAACGAUCAGAACCAGCUUUCUAGAUCCAGCAGCAUGAGCCGGAUGGACGAUGGCGGCAACCGGGAUCGGAGAAGCAUGACCGGCGGCUACAACGGUGACGUGUCCAACUCGAUGUCCUCCAACAUCAACCCCCAGUUGGCCAACUUCAACAUGCCUACCAGCCAGAACGGCAUGCCGAUGUAUGGAGCUUCGGGCUCGAACCAACAAUCUGGCCUUGACUGGUCUCAGAUGUUUCCACAGUCCGGUGCGCACAAUGCCUACGUCACUCAGUUCGCUCCUAAUAUUGGACAGAAUCAGACCGCAGUCAAAACCGAGCCUAGCCUUACCGCUUCCGAGAGAACAGACGGCCUGCCAGGCGUGGCCCCGAACGACCUGAACCAACGAUCGCUCUUCUUCUCCCACCGGGACCCCCAGCUCCCUCCGCAAGACCCCUAUCCGCAGCUCUUCUCCCAGAUCUAUAGCUUCUUUUACCCCUCCGGCACGGCGUCCCCCCCUCAGACAAUCCUCGUCAACGACUUCUUCUCCCCUGCCAACAUCCGCGACUUCCUAGAGUCGUAUACCCAUUUCCACGUUCAUUUCCCCUUCCUGCACAUCCCCACCUUUCGCAUAAUGGAAGCUUACACUGGUCUCAUCGCCUCCAUGUGCUGCGUCGGCGCCUGCUAUUCUAGCCGCGCCUCGCCUUCGAGCGUUCGGGAAGCCAUGAAUUUCUUAAAGAUAGCUCUCGAGCGCGACUGUAAUCUGUUUGCUAAGCGCGGCGUACAGCCUCCAGCCUCCAAGAUGGGCAGCGGAAGGGACAAGAGAGACAUCGAGAGGCUGCAAGCCCUCAUCCUGAUGUCGAUACUGUUUACCUGGAACGGCACUCCCAUCCAGCGCGAGACCGCCAGGAGACUAUUUCCCAUCGUGGCGGAUAUCGCCAGAAGGUUUGAUUUACUGCAGGUCAGAAAUGACGCGUCUCUGUAUAGCAUCUUCCACCAGCCUACCAUAUCAUUGGAGGACCUGAACCCCGGGCAAUUCAACUGGACGGCGUGGGUCGAGCAGGAAAUCCGCAUCCGACUCAUGCACAUGGUAUAUCUCGUCGACGUCGCGCGCACGUUGUACUUUAAUUCUGACCCCCUAUUUGACGGUUUCGAGAUCCGUGUUCCUCUCCCCGCCGACGACGCCGCUUGGGAAGCGGAGUCCUCGUUCGACUGCGCGCAGGCUCUGAAUCUGUACGGACCCGAAGCCGCGAGAGCCAAGAAUCCGGACGGCUCCCAGCGCAGCAAGCAACCAGAGCUUAACCUGAGUUUGACGGCAUUAUUCCACGCGUCCUACCAAAUACACCCGGGCAGCACAAAUUUGUACGGUAAAUUUAUACUUAUCCACGCCGUCCUGGCGCAGAUUCGGAGCGCGCAGAUUGGCGGCCGCUUAGCUGCACUCGAAGGAGUCUCGACGCCGCUCUCUCAGAAUGACUGGAUCAUCUCGAAUAACUCGGACGCGGGAACGGCCAGCAACAGCGCUAACGGUACGCCGGUUGCCGGGUUAUCGGCCCAGACGUACAAGUCUCUGUGCACGGCCCUCGACAAGUUCAAGUCGUACUGGGAUAUGGAUAUGGCUAUUCAGUUCCCGCCGUCGGUCUCGAAUCCCCGUCGGUACGGUUUCUGUCGAGAUGGGAUCCAUUUUUUCUGGCUCGCGAAAUGGAUGCUGAAGAAUACGCAGCCUGCGGAUCUGCAGACGCCGCCGGAUCACCGGUUCAGACAGGUCAUUCAGCUGCUCAGGUCCGUCAAGGCCUGGGUCAUGUCGGACGGAGUGUCUCGAGGAGAGGAGCUCGGGUCGGUUAGCGAAAUCGGCGACGACUAUGGUGUUAGCAAUCUCACGGUGGACAUGUCUCAAUUAUUUAAACGUCUCCCAUCAAUGGCGGAAUCCCCGGGCAUGCGCGCCAUCAAAACGGAAAUUUGA